AUGUCCACAAAAGUUGUAGAUGGCUUGUGGCUUUGUUUCCGUCCAUCUUUUGCUCGGCUUGUCUCCCCAUCAUCGUCCUUGCCAUUAUGGCCUAAGGCACCAAAUUUUCGCAGCCAUAAAGUGUCUCGAAGGCUAGUCUCAUCAGGGACGAAAUUGCAGCCACAUCCUGCAGCAUUACCCAGUCAUUCGACCAGAUCAGCACAUUCUCCCAGCGAGAAUGAAAUUUCCAAUUUUGACAAAGAAGCUGACAGUUGGCCGGAGGGUAUUUGCGAACCUGAAGAACCUCUACCAACAGGAUUUGAUUUCGAAGAGUUGAAACAGGCAAGGGAAUGGGUACGACGCGAAAAUGUCGGCCCCAGCUAUGAACUCCGACAAAAGAACGUGAAGACACUGGAGUCCUUAUUGAACACUGUUGUUGGGGAGCGACCGAACCAUAUAGCUGCGCUGCGGAUUUUGCGUGAGUUAAUCGAACGUCGAAAUAUCAAACCACAGCUUAAGCACUACCGCGCAAUGAUGUUAGCAAAUGCCGAUUCAUCGUCUGGCUCAGCCUUGCAUGUGAAGAGUAUUCUGCAAGAAAUGGAAAUGCUUGGAAUCACCCUAGAUUCGGGGACCUUACAUGCAGCAUUAAGAGCUCUUGCUGUUCAUCCGGAUUAUCUAAUUCGCCAAGAGAUUCUUCUUACUCUUCGAGACCAAUGGCUAACACUUGAUCCGGCAGGUUGGCAUAGUGUUGUAAUUGGUCUCCUACGGGAGAGGCAAUAUGAACUCGCCCUUGAUAAUAUUGAGGAAAUGGAGGCACAGGGUAUCCAAGUCAAGCCAUGGCUGUAUGCAUUAACCAUUUAUAAUUUGGCGGAUGCCGAAGAGUACGACGAAGUGUUGAAUCUAAUGCAACCCCGCAUAACAGCAGGACAACACCUUUCAACAAAUUUGUGGUUUCAUUUGCUUGACAAGGCCAGCUCUGCAAUGCACAAAGCCCUAACAUCUUAUAUCUGGAAACAACAAGUUCAGCGCGGGCAUAUAAUACCUUCUUACGGGGUUUGCAAUAAUGUCCUUGCAAUAUGUGCUCGCACAGGAGACGUUGAAUUGGCAAUUUCGGUAUUUGAAAUCUUAGACCAACGGAAGGCUAUAAUCUCUUUAGAUAACUACGAGUCGCUGCUUGACACGUAUGUUAUGGCUGGGGACUUUGACUCUGCCGUUCGCGUCCUGUGCACUAUGGAGAAUGCCAAUCUUGGAAUUAGUGAACCCUCCACCCGUCUUCUUUUGUCCGCUGCGCUUCGGUCCGACAUCAAAGCUCAAGAUCUGUGGCGGACUCUGAAGGCGCUGCGGACCGAAGAAAACAGACUUGUACCAGUGGUGGCUGCAAACAUUGCCAUUCAGCUAUGUGCUAAAAGGGGUAACAUCGAGGAAGCAAUGGAUAUUUAUCGUGAAUUGCAUAUCGUAUGCUGCUCUGGCCCUAGCUCAGCUACAUUCGACGCCCUUUUCGGUGCUUGUCGCAAAUCUCAACGCACAGACAUGAUCAGCUUCUUUCUACAGGAAAUGCAGCUACUCAACAUUUUGCCAACCCAGUCUACAUACGAAAUACUGAUUGUUUUGUGUGUAGACCUGAAACAUUUUGAAAUAGCUCAUAGAUAUUUGCUUGAGAUGGCGCAGUCUGGGUUCUCCUUGACGGAGGCUUCAAAACGGUAUAUCAGGAUGAAAUGUGCACAGUCGGACCUCACCGCCGCAAACGCUCUACGACAUGAUAUCCUAGUCAGAAAGCCAGUACAGAGGGGAUACAGAAAGUUGACCGCCAACACAUCCAUGGUCAGCGUAGGAGCUAGUGUUGGACGUACAAACACAUCCCAACAGUCGAUGACGCCGAUGGAUCAAGAAAAGGAUUAA